CUUUCUACCUUUCCCUUACUCUCCCAUCGUCUUCAUUACUUUCUUUCAUCAUCAUCGUCAUCCCCAUCAAGCACGCCUUACCGAUAACAUUUAAAGCUUGUAAUCAUGUUGAAACAAACACCCGGUGUAUCAUGCACUCUCUUUAGAGUCUAUUUGUUCAUCUUUAACCGCUUCCAUUUUACCACAUUUUCACCAUAAUCUAUGACCAUCAUUGAAACACCAUUGGAAUCAUUCUUUUUCUGGUUUAUCAUUCUAAUGUCAUGACAAAUCCUCUCUUUACGCCAACAUUCAACACAUUCAAUAGUCUUAACAGUUAAACUCGACCUUUGGUUUUUUUACCUUUUCACUUGCUUUCCCAUGUCUCCUUAUUUAUCAACCUAACCGUUUAUUUAGCCGGUCAUCUGUUUUUGUUGCUACAAUAAGAUUACUUCUCCAACGGAUAAACUCAUCAUAUCUACAUUUUAAUUUAAUUGUUAUCAACUUAUAAAUUCAUGUCUUGUAGGUUUUCUGGUAACAAACCUUUGUGCUUUCUUUUUUUUCUCUUGUGAUUCUCUUCUGGUUCAUCGGCCAUCUUUGCAUGUUUUAUCUCAUUUCUUUAAAUAUUUUGUUCUACUUUAUCUUUUUCACUUUGUUCUGUUUGCCUUUGACUACUGAGUAAGCAAGUUUAAGUGUUAAUUGAUUAUUAAUUGUUCACCGGUAUAGCCAAAAGUGUCCGUUGUAACCAGCAAAAGAGGGAAUAUAAAGUGAGUUUAUCCAAUGGAAAAUGAACGUCUUUUACCGGUUUUCGCUAAACCAGCGUCUAUCACCAAAACCAGGCCUUGGAUGGAUGCUAAUAAAGGUGGUAUCCCAAUGGACGAGGCUCCUAAAGAUCCCGGAGUCUUAACCACGCAUCCAUCAUAUACGGACACUGAUUUUGAAGGUCACAGAGCCCAUGCUAUGUAUGUUGGCUUUCAUGUUCCCGGAGGCUCGUAUAGAAGACGAGGACAUCAUCGAAGGCAUAAACAUCAUCACCAUAAAAAUGGUCACACAAAGAAACGAGAAGAUGGAACCUUGAGCAGUGAACAAAGUGAUAUUCGUCCUGUAACACCUCCAGCUGAAAGAGUUCAAUUCAUUUUGGGUGAAGAUGACCAAGAUGGUGCUCAUGAAUCUCAUCCAUUGUUCAGUGAACUGGAAGAACUUGUCAGUGAUGGAAAUGAACUGGAAUGGCGGGAAACUGCAAGAUGGAUCAAAUUUGAAGAGGAUGUGGAAGAAGGUGGAGAUCGUUGGUCCAAACCUCAUGUUGCAACGAUAUCUUUGCAUUCUUUAUUUGAACUUCGCAGUUGUAUACUUAAUGGAACGGUCAUGUUAGACUUGGAAGGGUCCAGUUUGGAUCAGAUUGCAGAUCUUGUCUUAGAAAAUAUGGUGAAUUCGGGUCAAUUGAAAUUAGAAGCUAAAGAUAAGGUAAAAGAAUCAUUAUUACGUCGUCAUCGUCAUCAACAUGAAAAGAGACAUGAUAAAGAUAAAAAUCGUCUUCCCCUGAUCCGAUCACUUGCUGAUAUUGGAAGAAAUUCAAGUAAAAGCAUGUUUGGUUCUCACAGUCAGUUGGAUAAAAUUAAAGAUAAAGAUGGAGGUCAUCCCAAUGCUCCGGUUACCGCACCAGUAACCUCAUCAGAGUGGAAUCCUUCAUUCGGCAAACUCUUGAGCGUUUCACUGGGCGGUAAUCAUGAAGGUGGAUCAAUACCUUUAAGUCCCAGUGCAACAUCACUUCACUUGGGUGCUAACUGUCAAGGACUUUCGGGUUCAUCCCUUGUGGACCAAAAUGGUGCUUCUUCAGCCGAUUUACAGCACAAGGCGAAUCAAGCAUUCAUGAAAAAAGUUCCACCAGGAGCAGAAGCGGAUAAUAUUCUUGUUGGGGAGGUUGAAUUCCUUGAUAAGCACAUAUCUGCUUUCGUAAGACUGGCUCAGGCUUGUCAUUUAGGGGAUCUGACUGAAGUACCUGUACCUACUCGAUUUUUAUUCAUCCUUCUGGGUCCCCAUAGCAUUCCAGGCCGGUAUCAUGAAGUUGGACGAGCUAUGGCUACUCUCAUGUCCGAUGAAAUUUUUCAUGACGUGGCAUAUAAAUCAAAAAGUAGGCAAGAUCUUCUUGCCGGUGUUGAUGAAUUUUUAGACGCAGUAACUAUCCUUCCCCCUGGAGCCUGGGAUCCAAGCAUUAGAAUUGAACCACCGAAUCAAAUACCAUCUCAAGAGUCUCGUAAAAAGCAUGAUCCCUCUGAACCUAAGAAUAUAAUUGAUGAAGAAGAAGAGGAAAUGAAGGAACGAGAAGCAAGUGGAUUAAAACGAACUGGAAGAUUAUUCGGUGGUCUCAUUAAUGAUGUGAAGCGUAAAGCCCCCUGGUAUCUCAGCGACUUCAAGGAUGCCUUAGCCUUGCAAUCAAUCGCUUCUGUAAUUUUUUUAUACUUCGCUUGUUUAGCUCCUAUAAUUACCUUCGGUGGUCUUCUUGGUGAUGCUACAGGAGGAAAUAUUGCUACCAUGGAAAGCUUAUUGAGUGGUGCUAUUUGUGGAAUAGUUUACGGAUUUUUAAGUGGGCAGCCUUUGACUAUACUCGGUAGCACUGGCCCAGUACUGGUUUAUGAGACGAUUGUUUAUAAUGUUUGCCAAAAAUUCGGGUUUCUUUAUUUGUCUAUUCGUAUGUGGAUUGGACUAUGGACGGCUUUUUAUCUCAUGGUGUUUGUGGCCACCGAUGCAAGUGCUUUUGUAUGUUAUAUAACUCGUUUCACUGAAGAAAAUUUUGCCACUUUGAUCUCGGUAAUCUUUAUUUUCAAAGCUGUCGAAAAGGUCCUAGAAAUUGGUAAAGAUUAUCCAAUACGAGGGGGUGUUAUGGAAAGAAUUGAUUAUAGCUGUAGUUGUCUUGACAAAGACAAACAAUCUUAUGAGAUUCAGAAGUAUGUCUACAAUUCAACUGGAAUCAAAUAUUGCAUCGAAAACAGUGGAACUCUCGUAGGUCCUGGUUGUUACGAAAAAAAUGUGCCUGAUGUCUUCCUCUUCUCCGUCUUGCUUUUUAUUUUCACCUUUGCCAUUUCGGUAUCUCUGAAAGAGUUUAAAUUCACUCCUUUCUUCUCUAGUAAAAUAAGACAAUUUGUCAGUGAUUUUUCCGUAGUGAUAGCUAUACUUGUUAUGACUAUGGUCGACUAUAAAGUUGGCAUUGCAACCCCUAAAUUAGUUGUACCAGAUAAAUUUCAGCCUACUUCUGACCAACGUGGAUGGCUUGUUCCUAUCUUAGGAAACAAUCCUUGGUGGAUGCCAUUGUUGAUGCCGUUCCCUGCUCUUCUAGCUGUAAUCCUUAUUUUCAUGGAUCAGCAAAUUACUGCUGUUAUCGUCAAUAGAAAAGAAAACAAACUCAAAAAAGGAUGUGGUUAUCACCUGGACUUGUUUGUCCUCUCCAUUCUUAUUGCAAUAUGUUCAAUCUUAGGACUCCCGUGGUUUGUUGCUGCCACUGUUCUUUCCAUGACUCAUGUAAACUCAUUAAAAAUGGAAUCAGAAUCAGCAGCACCAGGAGAAAAGCCACAAUUUCUUGGUGUACGAGAACAGCGAGUCACCCAUGUUUGUAUUUUCAUUCUUUGUGGUCUUUCCGUUUUUAUGACUUCUGUUUUAAGAAACAUCCCAAUGCCAGUUUUGUAUGGAGUCUUUCUUUACAUGGGUACAUCUUCGCUUAAAGGCUCUCAGUUCUUCGAAAGAAUUUUGAUUGUAUUCAUGCCUCAAAAAUACCAGCCAGAUUAUGUUUUCUUACGACAUGUUCCAACACCCAAAGUCCAUCUUUUCACAUUAAUUCAAAUAAGUUGCUUUACGCUUCUUUGGUUAAUCAAAUCAUACAACAAGACGUCAAUCUUAUUCCCUUUGAUGCUUGUUGUCAUAAUUGGUGUUCGUAAAUGUCUGGACCUUAUCUUUACUCAGCGAGAAUUGAAAUUACUUGACGACAUUAUGCCUGAUUCAGUUCGACGUAAGGCAGAAGAAGACAAAGAAGACGAUGAUGAUUCAAAGGGUGAUGAUAGCAAUAUGAUAUCUAAUGAAAGUUUAGGUAACGUUGCUAUUCCGUUAGCUAAUGGCAAUAUACUCAAGAUACCGGUCAAUAAAUUUAACGCGGAACCUGAUCAAUGUAAUAUUAAUAUAACUGAGCAGCUUGCUAAAAGUGGUACUUGGAAAAGUAUUGAUCAAAAUCAAAAAUCUAAAUCUAAUAAAGAAAACAAAGAAUCUUCCAAAGAUAAAGAAAAAGAAAAAGACAAGGAAAAGGAUAAAUCUUCAGGGAAAAAGAAACGAGGUAAUAAGAAAGAUGCCAAAACAGAGGAAGAGAAGAAGCGACUCUCCACCAUGACGGAAGAAGAUGAUGAGGAAGAUUGUGGUAUUACUAUUAAAAUAGAUGGACCCACUCCUGUUCCGUCGGUUGUACCUUCAACUUUAAACUCACCCCAAGAUGAUUCAGCUCCAUCAAUUAAACACAAUGAAACUCCUGUUUAAAUAAUUUCCUCAUAACAAUCACAAUCAUCUUCACUUUCAUUAUCCAUUACCUGAAUAAUCAAAGAAAAAUGUGAGAAGUAAAGAGAUUGGUUACUGGGGAGAGAUGAAACACGCCAUUAAAGACUAGAGCCAAAUGCUAAGACAGCAAAAGAUAUUGGAUUUGCGUCUACUCAAAUCAAAUCUGGUACAAACUGAAUCGAGUUUGUAUUUAUACAUAGUAUUAGUUAGUUAAUUGCUGACAAAAAAGAUUCGAAUGAUGGGAUUCUCAACUCAUACACUCAUACAAUGAAUACAAAGGUUCAUAACUUAAUUAAAAACUGUUGCCAUUUUAACUUCAUCUGGAAUCACAUAUGUUGAUUGAAAUCACCAACCAAUUCAUUCUCAUGACCACCACAAUCGCAAUCAUCAUAGUCAUAUAUUCAUCUUUAUUAAUCAGUUAUUUUUAAAUCCAAUGAUCUCAUCUUGAACCUCAACAAGUUAGCUUAGGAUAAAUACUAGGGUUGAUGAAUAAUCACAAUUGUCGAUAAUGGAAACCAGCUAAUUUGAGAUUAAUAACGAUUGGAAUAGGAUUUCACGCUAUAAAUCAUCUCGCAAUCAAUACAAUUUUAAAUUGACAAUAAACAUCUGCUGAUAUAAUAGGAUAGGAUUCACUGAUUGACCGAUUGGCGUUGGAUUUUUUUCAAUUAAAUAAGCAAAUACAAGAAAUUGAUCAAAGAUGUUACUCAAUCUAGUAAUUUUAUGGUAUUAAUCUGACUCUAAUGAGGAUUGGGGAAGCAAUUGAAACUAUCCAGCAAACACUUUUCAACAUUAGAGUAUUUAUUGAUCAAACCUCUUCUCUCUUUAAAAAGAGUUGAAUCUUUAUAAAACAAAUUUCUUCAUCUUAUAUUGAUACAGUUAAAUCACCAUCAUCAGAAACAACCGCCAUCACAGCCAUCAUCAUCAUCAUUCAUCAUUAAAAUUCAUCUCUUCUUGCUUUUGUCUUUGUCAACUCAACCCAAUUCAUCUGAAUAUUCAUAUUGAGCUGUUCUGGGUUCUGGUUAGAUCAGUUUAAAUUAAUUAGAAAUGAGAAAGAGAAAAGCAAAACUUACAUGACAAAAAUGACGCUUAAUUUUAUAAAAUUAGUUAACUAUUAUUGCUACGAUUACAAUUAUUAAAAUUGAAUUAAUAUCUAUUGACAAUUUCAACUAGGUGAUUAAAAACAAACGAACCCAAAGUUUUACAAGAAAACACUGACAAUUAUUAUUACAAUUUAGUUGAAGAGGAGUUUCAGAAAGAUGUUGGUUUUCAUCUGGAAACAGUUUGAAUAAAUAGUGUGAGAAGAGAUGUUAACUUGAAGUUAAUUAUUGAGGAAAUUGUGAUGAUUUAGUUGUAUAAUUACCUAAUCCAAUUGAUUUUAAAUUAAAA